AUGAAGUACACUCUUCUCGCCGUCCUUUCUGCUGUGACCGUCCUGGCCACUCCAGCUCCCCUCCCAACUCCACCAAACAUUCCAUCCGCCUCUACUGCUCAAUCUCUCCUUGCCGGGCUUACCGUCGCCCCUCAGGGCCCCCAAGACGGUUACAGCCGUGACAAGUUCCCCCACUGGAUUACUAUCUCCGGCACUUGCAACACUCGUGAGACUGUCCUUCGCCGUGAUGGCACCAACGUCCAGGUUGACGGCAGCUGUGCCGCUACUUCUGGCUCUUGGUUCAGCCCUUACGAUGGUGCUACCUGGUCUGCUGCCAGCGAUGUUGAUAUCGACCACGUUGUCCCAUUGAGCAACGCCUGGAAAUCUGGCGCUGCUUCCUGGACCACCUCCCAGCGACAGGCCUUUGCCAACGAUCUCAGCAACCCUCAGCUCAUUGCUGUUACUGACAAUGUCAACCAGGCCAAGGGCGACCAGGGACCAGAGUCAUGGAAGCCUCCACUUCAGUCCUACUGGUGCACUUACUCUCGCAUGUGGAUCAAGGUCAAGUCCGUUUACGAUUUGACCGUCACUAGCUCUGAGAAAUCUGCUCUUACCUCUAUGUUGAACACUUGCUAA